UCGACGGUCGAGGGAGUCUGAGUUCAAAGUGGCAGCAGGACAACGAUGAAAAACAAGCAGACGGGACGUUCUGCCGUCCCAUUGGUCCAGCUACUCCACAACACCAAAGGUCAUGUUUGAUUUUUUUGCUUUGGGGGUGGGGGUCAAUCGAUAUCAAAUGCACACUGAUCCGUGUGUCCUUUUGGUUAACUAGUGUGACAAUAAUCCUGCACACACACACACUAUUGAUUUUGAGAGCGGACCUUGAGCAUGUUGACAAACACAUCCAAAACAACUGCUGUGUGUUUUUUUCCUCACUAGGUGGCGAUGAUGUCACGGACGAAGACAAAAAGAUGAGCAUUUUUUUAUUAAAAAGGGGAGAAUGAAGACAGCGACGUCACACUUAGUCUCACUUUUGUGUUUCUAAUCGAAGAAGCCAAGUCAUAGAGAGGCGCCUUCAAAAAAGUGUCGUGAUUGCCAAUGUGUUCCUAAAAUUAAAAGUUCCUAAUAGUAACGAGUCGGGGUCAUUUCAAACCGUAAUUGUAUUCGCUAUCGUUGUUAGUCAUGUGUGCACGUGUGUGCGGGAUUCUGCUGAUGCGUGUGGCCUGUCACAAUGAGACACGCAAACUCAGCAGGCUUAUGUGAGGCAUUGAUGUCGCGUCACACACACGCACACGCACACACAUCCUGCAGGAAUGUCUUGCGCAACAAUGUUUUUAGAGCCCACCUUUGCUUCUCCAGUGAAGCGAUGGUACACACACACACAUCUCACUUAUAUGUGCAUUUACUUGCAUUAGUUUUGCAUGCGUGUGCACAACAAGGUGAUACAAAGUGUGUGCGAUCUCAGAAUGUUUGUGCGCGUGGCAGCUCCAAAGCAAAUUGCUGACAAGGGGCACCCGCCCGUGCCCCCGAGUUCCCCCUGAGCGCGAUGCACAUAUAAGCCCCUGCGAGCGGCACCUCGACAACCACCUCAACGGAACCCUGUGACACUCAGAUCAACGUUUUGCUAGGAAGAAGAUGUCUGUGCCCAAGCUCUCGCCCAGCGGCCCCUGGAAGAUGACGGUGUACGACCAGGAGCACUUCCAAGGCAAGCGUGCGGAGUUCACGGCCAGCUGCCAGAACAUUGUGGAGUGCGGGCUGGACAACAUCCGCUCCCUCAAGGUGGAGUGCGGCGCCUGGGUAGGCUACGAGCACUCCAGCUUCUGCGGCCAGCAGUUCGUCCUGGAGAAAGGCGACUACCCUCGCUUCGAGGCCUACGGCGGUAGCAACUCUUACCGCAUCGAGAGGAUGCUCUCCUUCAGGCCUAUCUGCUGCGCCAACCACAAGGAAGCUCGCAUGACCAUCUACGAGCUGGAGAACAUGACGGGUCGCCAGUUUGAGCUGUCUGACGACUACCCCUCCCUGCAGGCCAUGGGCUGGUUGAACAACCAGGUUGGAUCCAUGAACAUCCAGAGUGGCGCGUUUGUAUGCUACCAGUAUCCAGGCUACCGGGGCCAGCAGUACAUCGUGGAGUCGGAUUGCCGUGGAGGCGAGUACAAGUCCUUCCGGGAGUUUGGCUCUCAAGCUCAAACCCCACAGAUCCAGUCCAUCAGAAGGAUCCAGCACUGAGGUCGACAUCUUCAUCCUUCCUUUUCCUCCUUGUCCUCCAUCUUGCCGCCGGUACUGCCGCCUCCUUGGGUGCGGCCGGUCCGAGCGUGAUCCCAGGAUGGACUUCAGGUGCUUUGCUGUGGUGCACAGCACUUUUGUAUUUUGAUGAUGAAAAAUGUGAGACCCAUGUGAGCAAGGUGCUAACAUUUUGUCAUCCCUUUCUCUUCGUCAUAUUUGAAUAAAAAGAAUAUAG